CCCCCGCGCCCGCGCAUCCCCCCCCCAGGCUCCUCCCAGCCAUGCCUCAAGCUUCGGAGCACCGUUUGGGUCGUGCCCGCGAUCCGACCGUCGUCACCGCUCAACCCAAAAGCGCCUCCAAGCUGCCGGGCCGGGCCUUGAGCCAGGAGCGCCAUUCCUUCACCUCAGCCCCAAACGGGUUUUCUCCAGCCCCAAAACUUCGCCUCCUCCCCCCCAGACCCGGAACGUUGGAAGAACGAAGCAAGAAAUCGGACCCGGAACGCGGCCGAGCCACCAAACGGGGCUCAACGUGCCGAAGGGGACCCCUAAAAGCGGACCACGGGGUGAGGGUUCCCGGCUCCCCGCAGGCAGGGACGGCGCCGGGAGGAGCUUCCUUCUCUUUACCCAUCGGAACCGAAAGGAGGAGGAGCAAUUUGAGCCGGUCCAAAUCCGUCAGCAUCGGGGAUCUGAGCGGCGAGGACGUGGCGGCGGCGCUGAGCCGUUUGGUGCUGAGGGAUGGGGGGCAGCCGCUGAGCGCCGGGGCUCUGGCCCUAAAAAGGAGCUCGUCUCUACGGAGGGUCAACGUCGGAGCGGGGCUGGAUGGCAGAAGCGCCGCCCCGCUGCUCUCUGUGCGCCACGAGGGCUGCGCCAGGACUCGUGUCCCCGACCCCCCUGACGGCCCCGCGCCCCGCAGCCCCACGUUGGGCCGAGCGCCCGAGGAGAAGGUGGCAGCUACCCCCCACCACGCUCUGCUGUUGGGAUCCGGCCACGUCGGUCUCCGGAAUUUGGGGAACACGGUAAGCAAAGGGCGAAGCGAAGGAUUCCUUCUGGGGUCCUUCUGGCUGCCCGUCCCUACAGCCAGCACACGCCUGUCCCUGGUGCCCCCAUCCCUGCCUCCCUGUGCCCCCCAUCCCCACGUCCCCAUACACAGCAACCCCACACCUCUGUGCCCCCCAUCCCCAUAUCUCCCUGCCCAUCCUCCUGCUGUCCCCAUGCCUGGAAUCCCACAAGUGACAGCCCCACAUCUACACCCCUCUCCCUGCACUUCCGUACCCAGCAUCCCCAAAACCCCCCCCGUUUGUGAUUCCCACCAUCCCACAUCCUCAUCCUUUGCAGCCCCACAUCCCCAUAACCCUGUGGUCCCCAUGACCUCACAUCCCAACCCCACACCUCACAUCCCAUCUCCCUGUCCCCGUAUCCCCACACCUCGCAUCUCAGAUCCCCACACCUGUGAUCCCCACUGAACUGACAUCCCAAAUCCCACCCCUCACAUCCCCACCCUGUAUUCCCACACCUUACAUCCCAGAUCCCCACACCUGUGGUCCCCAUGACCUCACAUCCCACCUCCCCAUCUCUGCAUCCCCACACCUUGCAUCCCACACCCCCAUCUCCAUAUGCCCACAUCUCCCAUCCUACAUCCCCACACCUGUGGUCCCCACAUCUCCCAUCCCAUCCCGUUUCGAUCUCCGUCCCAUCUCCAUCCCAUCCCAUCCCAUCCCAUCCCUCUUC